AUUGAUACCACACAAAAAAUAAUUAACAAGGCUGAAUCCGCUCAUUCAGUACGGCGACAUAAGCAAAGCUGACCGCCAUUUUUUCCUUUCCAUUAUCCCAUUAUACACUGUGAAUGCCAACAAUAUUCUUCUUAUCUUUAAUUUGCUUUAGAAUUUAGAAUGACAGGACUACACACUAUCUGGUUUAAACACUUAGAAAGUCAAAAUCUUAUAGAUAACCCAGAUACAAUUUUAUUCUCUGGUGGAUUAUUUCUUGACCCAUUAAUUCCUUCUUCCACUACCACAACCACAACUAAUUACCUAAAAAUAUCAUCAAUUGAUGAUUCUAAUGAGUUACAUUCUCCCAUUUGUCGUCGUAGACCAAAAAAGAGUGUUCGUGCAGGUUUUGGGGGUAAUUUUUUGUGUUUGAGUUUGUCAGCCAAGAAGAAUACAAAUUCCAGUGAAUGUUUGUUGAGUAAUGGAGAUGAGAGUUCUAAGGUGGAGCCCAGUAAGCGAAUUAUUGGGUUACGUGGACGUGGUGCGGUUAACACUACUAAACAUUUGUGGGCUGGAGCAAUUGCUGCCAUGGUGUCAAGAAACUCAUCAAAAGAAAAAAAAUCUUGUUGUGGCAGAACUGUUGUUGCUCCACUUGAAAGACUAAAGCUGGAAUAUAUAGUUCGUGGUGAACAGAAGCACCUGUUGGAGCUCAUCAAAACGAUUGCAGUUACUCAAGGCUUGAGAGGCUUUUGGAAAGGGAACUUGGUCAAUAUACUUCGUACUGCUCCUUUUAAGGCAGUUAAUUUUUGUGCUUUUGACACAUACAGAAAGCAACUCCUAAGAUUAUCAGGAAAUGAAGAAACUACUAAUGUUGAGCGGUUUGUUGCUGGUGCCGCAGCUGGAGUGACUGCGACAGUGAUGUGCUUACCACUGGACACUGUCCGGACCAAGUUAGUGGCACGGGGUGGAGAAGCCUUGGGUGGUGUCGUUGGAGCUUUCCAACACGUGAUCCGAACUGAAGGAUUCUUCUCUCUUUAUAAGGGACUAGUACCCUCCAUUUUGAGUAUGGCCCCAGCAGCGGCUGUUUUCUAUGGUGUAUAUGAUAUAUUAAAAUCAGCUUAUUUGCAUUCACCUGAAGGCAGAAAAAGAAUUCUGUAUAUGAAGCAACAGGGAGCAGAGCUCAAUGCUUUUGACCAGCUUGAGUUGGGACCUGUGAGGACCUUACUUCAUGGUGCUAUUGCUGGUGCUUGUGCUGAAGCUGCAACCUAUCCAUUUGAAGUCAUUAGGAGGCAACUUCAAUUACAAGGCCGAGCAUCAAAACUGAGUUCCUUGGCAACUUGUGCGAAGAUCAUUGAACAUGGAGGUGUUCCAGCUCUAUAUGCAGGGCUAAUUCCUAGUUUACUACAGGUGUUACCUUCAGCCUCCAUAAGCUAUUUCGUCUACGAGUUCAUGAAGAUUGUUCUCAAAGUAGAAUGAAGGAUAUCUGUUGCUAAGUAGUGAGGUACAGCAGCAUUGUAUUACAGUGUUAUUCAUCACUUUUUGUUAAAGAGGUAGGAUCUAGUUUGUUGGACAUGAAAGCUAAAAUUUCUCUAACACUUGAUGAAAUUCUUAGCUUAGAUUCAGGCUCA